AUGCCAGAAGCUGUCAACGGAAGACCGGCGAUAUUUCAAGAGUUUAGCUCAACUUCCAAUAUCAGCCAGUUUUAUCUGUCAAUCUGGAUGAGUCUUGGAGACCAUCAUCAAACAGCCUCUUCCGUUAUUAACUUAAGCAGAGCAUUUUUUGGGCCUUCUGGAGUGGCGCCGCCAACUCGGGGUGUGGCUAGCUCAGAGGUGAUGGAUAUGCAACUAUCACCUUCCCCAAGGCCGUCAGCUUCUUCUUCUCUCCUCUCCUCUCCUGUCUGCUCCGCUCCGCUCCGCUCCGACCAACGAAACAGCUCGGCACCUCUGGUGCUUGUCUCUCACAGUACGUAUCUGCUUCCGUCGGACGAAUCCACUCCAUUUCACAUCUUCAGCCCAUUAGGCAUCAACUGCCACCCUCUCGUCUCUCGCCCGCAUUCAGGCAUACAAUUUCAGUCCCAUAACAGCGUCAUUCUCGCGGCCGUGCUACAGAUUACUGCGACCACUGAAAACAGAGCUCUUCUGAUCCACGAAAUUAAACCUGUCAGCAUCGCUAAUUGCUAUGACUCGAAAAACAGUUCACAGCCCACUUCCAUGUUAAACAGACUAGGGGGUGGCCAGUGCAGCAGCACGGGCUGGGAAAUAGGCGUACAGAUCUCACCUGAGUCAAGAAAAUAUGUCCGUAAGCAUAUUAAAAUGUCGCAUGCCUUUGGGCAUAAACCAGCCAAUCGGAGAGAAGACACAACAGCUAGUAGGAGACAAACAAUAGACAUGUACAAGCACAUUCGUUGGGAGAAAAGGAAAGCCAAUGUUUACGUCGGCUUAAUUGGCUGGUGUAAGCAAGAUGGUUGGAAAACUGAACGAAUUUUCACUAAAUAUGUGAACUUAGUCAGCCCAAGUCGCUUAAAAUAA